UUCUCUUUGAAUUUGAAACUUUAUCUCUCUCUCUUUCAGAGUCUUAAAAGCGUCAAGUUUCAACCUUGGAUCCCAGGAGGGAUUCCGAUAGCAAAGCCCCCACGCCCCCCAAGGAAGAAAAGAAGGGAUACAAAGCCAUUACUUUAAAGCUAUACAAUUUUUCAUUUUGCAAGGAAAAGGCUCCGAAUUUUGUAUUUGCAAGAAAAAAAAAAGAUUUAGGGGUUGAAUAUAUAUACUGCAAGGCCCCGAUCUUUGGAUGCAGAACAUACAGAUUGAGAUGCUUUCCUGAUGCCAGUGGCUUGGACUACAACUCCCAUCAUCCUGAAGGAAGAGUCAAUGCCAUGAGAGAAAAGGAGAGUCGACGCCUUGUGAAAUCCCCUGGAAGGAGAGGCCGCUCGUAAUCUUAACGCAAACACGGCUCACGCCUUCACCUUUAUUUGCUGAUCGAAAGUAGAGAUGGACACCUUCAGCACCAAGAACCUGGCUUUGCAAGCGCAGAAGAAGCUCCUGAGUAAGAUGGCCUCCAAGAACACAGCCAGCCUCUUCAUCGAUGAUACCAGCAGCGAGAUCCUGGAUGAGCUCUACCGGGUCACCAAGGAGUUCACCCGCAACCGCAAGGAAGCCCAAAAGAUCACCAAGAACCUUGUCAAGGUCAUCGUGAAGCUGGGUCUCCUCUACCGCAAUGGGCAGUUUGGCCCCGAGGAGCUGGCCCUCCUGGAGCGCUUCCGCAAGAAGGUCCAUGCUUUGGCCAUGACAGCUGUCAGCUUCUACCAGGUGGACUUCACCUUUGACCGGCGGGUCCUAUCUGGGAUGCUCAAUGAGUGCCGGGAGCUGCUGCACCAGGCUAUCAACACCCACUUGACCGCCAAGUCCCAUGCCCGUAUCAACCACGUCUUCAACCACUUCUCAGACUACGAGUUCCUCUCAGCACUUUAUGGGCCUGCCGAGCCGUACCGCUCACACCUCCCCAGGAUCUGCGAGGGGCUCAACCAGAUGCUGGAUGAAGGCAACAUCUGAGCACUGAGACUAUUGAGGACAAUUUUCUCCAAACUUCUCUGUUAACUACUGAGGACCAUCUUCCUCGAACCUCUCCAUCCACUAUUGAGGAGCAUCUUCUCUGAACUUCUUCAUCAACUAUUGAGGAGCAUCUUCUCCACUCACUAUUGAGGAGCAUCUUCUUUUAACUUCUCCAGAGACUACUGAGGACCAUAUUCUUCAAACUUCUCCAUUGAUUAUUGAGGAGCAUCUUCUCUGAACUUCUCCAUCGACUAUUGAAGAGCAUCUUUGAAUUUCUCCAUCGACUAUUGAGGAGCAUCUUCUCUAAAUGUCUCCAUCAACUAUUGAGGAGCAUGUUCAUCAAACUUCUUCACUGACUAUUGAAGAGCAUCUUCUCCAUCAACAAUUGAUGUGCCUCUUCUUUUAACUUCUCCACUGAUUAUUGAGAAUCAUAUUCUUCAAACUUCUCCAUUAACAAUUGAGGAGCAUCUUCUCCGAUUUCUCCAUUGACUAUUGAGGACCAUAUUCUUCAGACUUCUCCACCAACAAUUGAGAAGGAGCAUCUUAUUUGACUUCACCAGCUACUGAGGAGCAUCUUCUCUGAACUUCUCCACUGACUAUUGAGGAACAUCUUAUCCAAACUUCUCCAUCAACUAUUGAGGAGCAUCCUCUUUGAACUUCAUUAUCAAUUAUUGAGAAUCAUAUUCUUCAAACUUCUCCAUCAACUAUUGAGGAGAAUCUUCUUCUGAACUUCUCCAUCAACCAUUGAGGAGCAUCUUUUUCGAACUUAUCCAAAUUUGGAUAAGGUUUCCCUUUGUAAAGGGAGGAUGUGUGGCCUUAAAAUGUUUAAGGAUAGACUCUAUUUGAACACGGAAUCUCUGUUUGUUUGUCAAGACUAAUCCUCCAAAAUUGCCCUUCAUGGGAUUUCUAGAGAGCUUUAGUGUCUCUCCAAAGGACAAAGGAUUCAUGGAUUUUUAAUUCUCUUUUGACGAAGCAAAGCCCGGGCAUGUUAUUUUCUUGGAUAACGAUAAAAAGCUGAGUUUGCAGAUGUGAAAUAAAGUUGAUUUUUUUUAAA